CUCAUCUCCACACAAUAGCUAGUCCAGUCCUGUUAUUUGUAGUUAUGCUAUAUACGUAAUAGCGAGGUUCAAGAAGUUGGGAAAUUCUGUUCAGAAAAAUGAAUCACAGUUAUAAAUUCAGAAACAAAACCUUGCUAUUUCUGAACCUAAGUUCCAAGGGACUAGAUUCUGUUAGCGCUGGCCAUUUGGACAACCUCUAAUGUUGGUUCCUCUUAACCAACCUUGUCAAAAUGUAACAUAAAAAUUAGACCUUGUGUGUGUUUAUAUAGUGAAGGGAUACUGCGUUUCUGAUGGAGGAGAAGUGGAAGGACGAACACUUCUAUUGCAGAGAAGUCACAAAACAAAAUUGCAGAUGUCUGGUCGUGUGGAGUGACAUUGUAUGUCAUGUUAAUGGGUGCUUACCCUUUUGAGGAUCCUGAUGAACCAAAAUAUUUUCGGAAGACGAUCAAUAGAAUCCUGAGCGUGCAGUAUUCUGUUCCUGAGAACAUUCAGAUAUCUGAGGAAUGUCGCCACUUAAUCUCACGGAUCUUCGUUGGAGAUCCGGCACAGAGGAUCACAAUGCCUGAAAUCAGAAAUCAUGUAUGGUUUUUAAAGAAUCUUCCAGCGGACUUAAUAGACGAUAAGAUGAUUAGUGACCAGUUUGAAGAACCCGAUCAACCAAUGCAGAGCAUUGAUACGAUCAUGCAAAUAAUCUCAGAGGCAACAGUGCCACCAAUUGGCUUGUAUAACUUGGAAAUGAUGGACGAUGACAUGGACGACUUGGAUUCAGAGCCUGAUCUUGAUAUUGAUAGCAGCGGGGAGAUCAUAUAUGCAAUGUGAGUGCAUGCCAUGCUUGUGAAAAGGAAGUUGUAUCUGCAAUCUUACGAGAACAUUUGUGGACUUGUUGAUGUGCAAAGCUUAGGAGAUUGUUGAAUGCUCAGUAACAAGAACAUGGGGGUAUUUACAAUGUUUGUAAUUAGUCAAGUUCUUAUCCUGGAAGGGGCUUUUAAUCUGCCCAUGAAUUAUUUCUUCUAUCACCAUAGGAGGAAUUGGCUGAAAAAGUAAUGGAGUUUCCAUACUUGAGUUCAUAAUCUUUUUAUAAUGUCAUACAGUUUUGUUAUGUUGUAAUUCUUGUACUUUCCUUAUAUGCAUUUGUGUCAAACAAAUCAUGUGCUCUUUCUGGUUUUUGUAAGUUAAGAUGCUUAUAGUAUUAGGGCUUGUGUAUGA